AUGCCUACUCAACUCCUCCCUAACCAAAUAAACAUACCCAAGUUCAAGCAUUUGAUCAUUUAUACUGGUAAUAUCAUGCGCACAACUACUUGUGCGCUAAAAUCAUGGAAUAAAAAAUCUAGUUCAGAGUUACUAUACGCCAUUUCAGAUACCUUAUCCACUUCUCUAACCUCAUCAAGCAUGCCUUCUUUUCACUAUUCUCCUCUAUCAAACACACUAGAAAUACCUGAUAUACGACAGACUAGUCGUAUCCACCCUGAUGACAGAGAUAAUGUCGAGGUUACAGCCAAAUUAUUCUAUUUGAAGCAUGACGAUCAAUCCUUGAUAUCCUACAUUGACGCAUCCAUUCACCAUCUUGAGCAAUUGCUAGGCGUAGCUUCAAUUGAUACAUUUGUUGUAUCCUUUGCGGAUAAUGAAAGUUGUGUUGAAAAAACUUGGAAAGAUUUGGAGGCUUAUCACCAAGAUGGAAGAAUCAGAAAGCUAGGUGUUUCUGAUUUUGAUACAGCAAGACUGAAAGCACUUUACGAUAACCCAUCAUUAACGGUGAAACCUUCUUUGAAUCAAGUCAAUAUCGAAAAUUGUUGCUCUAAUCAAAAGGAGUUGAUUGAACUGGGUAAGCAAUAUGGUGUUGAGAUGACGUUUAAUGUGGAUACAGCAGAUAUCUUAACAACUGAAUCACUAUCUGACAUUUCAAGUAAGCAUGGCGUAACCCAAGAAGGCACUACAAUCAAGCCUUGUUGGGUAAUGAAGUAUCAUGUGUUCACAAAGAGGACAAGUGUUGUAAUGGAUAAAGGUUACAUUAUUGCUGGAGAGACUGAAUAA